AUGAUCAGGAGACAGCAGCAGCCGGUAAUAAUGAAAGAGGCAGUUGGAGGUAGAAAUGGUUCCAAGACCAUUCAAGGCAACGCAGAGGAAGAGAAAUUUGUACACAUCAUUGAAACAGUUCAUGUUAAAUACAACCGUCCCAGUCAACCAGCAGUGAACAAAUUCUUUGAAUUUGAACGAGUUUUUGGUCCUGAUGAUUCUCAGAAGUCUGUGUUCCAGGAAGUGUGCCCUCUACUUAUCUCCUUAUUAGAUGGGUACAAUGUAUGUAUCAUGGCAUAUGGACAAACUGGCAGUGGCAAGACACAUACCAUGUUAGGCCCACAUUCUGAGGACAACUUUACUGUAUUCACUGAACCUCAGUUAGAUGAAGGAAUUAUCCCACAAGCUGUCCGGGAGUUGUACAGACUGAUAUCUAUGAAGCCACCUGAAACGCAUUCUGUUGAAGUAUCUAUUGUGGAGGUUUACAAUAAUGAAAUUAUUGACCUGCUGGCGAAAGAUGAAAGUGGAGCUGUUUUAGGUGUAAAACGAGAGGUUAUGACAAUGACUACUGGUGGCAGUGAUGUUCCCUUCCUGUCUUAUGAAUAUGCCAAGAAUCCAACUGACAUUCUGAAUUUUGUAACCCAUGGGCUACGACAUAGAGCCAAGCACGGGACACUGGUCCACGCACAUUCCUCUCGAUCGCACCUUGUGGUGACACUUACUGUCACGACAAAGAUCACAACAGCUAAUAGAUCUGAUGCGCUUAUGGAAAGCAUGCCCCAAUUCAGUACAUUUCAGCCAUCAAGUCGUCGAUUUCGCAAGCCUAUGCCUUAUAUCACAGAUGACAACUUAGCACUGCGUUCCCAAUCUUCAUACCUGACAUACUUAUCCACAGACCCUUCAGAGGGUUUCACCUAUCUUAAAACAAAACUUCAGUUGGUGGAUCUAGCUGGCAGUGAAUGUGUGGGGAUGUCAGGAGUGACAGGUGCAGCUUUGCGAGAGACUUCUUUUAUAAAUCGAAGCUUAUCAGCACUAUCUGAUGUGCUUGGAGCACUUGCAGAACAACGCUCCCAUGUACCUUAUCGGAACAGCAAACUCACUCAUCUACUCCAGGACUCCAUAGGAGGUGAUGCUAAAUUGAUGGUGAUGCUGUGUGUCUCACCUGCCCAGCGCUAUAUUACAGAAUCAUUGCAGUCUUUAGGAUUCGGUGCUCGGGCUCGGCAAGUACAGAGGGGCCACAUAAGGAAAAAAGUUCCAGAGAACACUGGAGGAAGACCAUCACAAAAUCCCUUCCACAGCAAUCGGCGAAAUAUAUCCAGCUUUACUUAAUUCUUAAGUCAUCUGCUGAAUACCACACCAUACUGCUUUAGAAAUGUAUCAGACUAAGCUCACUCUACA